CAAACUCCAGUUUUUUUAGUCUUUUUCUGUAUACUUCUUAUAUAAAAACCUUUAUUUCUCUUCUUAAAUCAAAUUUUAUUCUUUUCACUGUCCCACAUUCCAUUUUCUCUCUCUUCCUUCCUUCUAAAUCUUCCAUUUUGGCCCUUCUCUGCAAUCCAAGCUACUCACUUGGCUACCUUCUUGUUUUUAUUUGUUUUAUUUAAAAGAGUCCCUCAAUCUUCUACCUUGUUUGUUUCUUGUUUUUUUAUCAAAUACGCACAAAAUACUGUGAUAUACCCAUAAAGUUAAGCCAUGUAUACGUUCAACUGUGUACAUUUACUUCCUCUUUGAGCUACCUUAACUUGCUUUUUUGGCAUUUUAAUCCAAAAAGAUUGAAACUUUACUAAGAAAAAAUGUUGGUGAAAUUUCUGUUGUUUGUUCUUGUUUUACAACCCUCUGUUAUUGUGCUGUGUUUGGAUGCUUUCAAUGAUGAUGUUCUUGGGUUAAUAGUAUUUAAGGCAGGUCUUCAAGACCCUGAAUCCAAUCUAGUGUCUUGGAAUGAGAAUGAUGAAUAUCCUUGUAAAUGGAAAGGUAUAAAUUGUGAUUCAACAUCUAAUAGGGUAACUGAGCUUAAUCUUGAUGGGUUUUCUCUUUCUGGGCAAAUUAGUAGAGGUCUUUUAAGGCUGCAGUUUCUUCAAAAAAUCACUCUUUCCAAUAAUAAUUUUUCUGGGACUAUAAACCCUGAAUUUGCACAUCUAUGGAGCUUACAGUCCAUUGAUUUGAGUGGAAAUAAUCUAUCUGGGUCAAUUCCCAUUGAGCUUUUUCAACAAUGUGGGUCUUUAAAGUCUGUUUCUUUUGCCAACAAUGGCAUAUCUGGUAUGUUGCCAGAUUCUUUGAGUUCUUGUAUGACCCUACAAUCCAUUAACUUCUCUUCAAAUCAAAUCUCAGGUCAGUUGCCUGAAAAGAUUUGGUCUUUGAAUGGAUUACAAUCCCUUGAUUUGUCUAAUAACUUGUUGGAAGGUGAAAUCCCUCAAGGGUUUGGGAAAAUGUAUAGUUUGAAGGUGAUUAAUCUGGAAAAGAAUGCAUUUUCUGGGCUUUUACCUGAAGAUAUUGGCAGCUGUAUGCAGUUACAAUCAAUUAAUUUUGGUAAAAACUCAUUUUCUGGGGUUCUUCCAGAAUCACUACAGAAACUGAACAUGUGCACUUCACUAAGUUUAAAUGGGAAUUUACUCAGUUCUGAAGUUCCUGAUUGGAUUGGGCAUAUGCAAAGCCUUGAAAGUUUAGAUCUUUCAAUGAAUCAAUUCUUUGGAAGAAUCCCUUUUACUUUGGGUAACAUCAAGUCAUUGAAGGAAUUAAAUUUUUCCUCAAAUGGAUUCAUUAAUGGGUUACCACAAUCCCUAAUGAAUUGUGAUAACCUUUUUGCAAUUGAUGUUAGCCUAAACAUGCUAAAAGGGAAAAUGCCAAACUGGAUUUUUGGGUUGGGUUUACAGAAAUUCUCUAUUUCUGGUAAUAAAUUCAAGGGAUUUAUUGAGUUUCCCCCUGUAAGAACAAAUGCAUUAUCUUAUCAGAAUCUUCAGAUUCUGGACUUGUCUUUAAAUGAAUUAUCUGGUGGUAUUCCCUCUGAGAUUGGGGCUUUUAGAGGCUUGCAGUUCUUAAACAUAUCCAGAAACCUUUUAAUAGGUUCAGUUCCAGGAAGUGUGGGUGACUUGAAGAUAACUCAAGUUAUUGACCUGAGUUACAACCGGUUAAACGGAAGUAUUCCUCCAGAAAUCGGAGGUGCUGUCGCGCUUAGGGAGCUCAGACUCGAAGGAAACCGAUUAACCGGGCAUAUCCCAUCUCAGAUUGCAAACUGCUCAUCCUUGACAGCAUUAAUCCUGUCAGAGAACAACCUCACAGGUCAAAUACCUCCUACGAUAGCGAAGCUGGCUGACCUCGAGAUAGCUGAUUUGUCACAUAAUAAUUUCUCAGGCGAUUUACCGAAAGAAUUAACUAAUCUUUCCCACUUGGUUUUAUUUAACAUCUCGAACAACAACCUUGAAGGGGAACUUCCCGUGGGUGGAUUUUUUGAUACGAUUCCCCUCUCAUCUGUCUACGGAAAUCCAUCUCUAUGUGGGUCGGUUGUUAAACAGUCUUGCCCUGCAGUUCACCCUAAGCCGAUUGUUCUCAACCCGAACUCAUCAUCUGAUUCUGAAGAUGAUAAUGGGGCUCCAAAUUCCCAUCACAAGAAGCUCAUGCUUAGUGUUUCAGCUCUUAUUGCCAUUGGUGCUGCUGCAUUCAUCUUUCUCGGUGUGGUGAUCAUCUCUCUUCUUAAUUUCCAUGUUCGGAACUCUGCUCAUCAGUCCGCUGCCCCUCUAGAAUUCUUCAGCAAGGAUGAGUUCAGCCAUUCUCCGACAAGCGACUCACAAUAUGGAAAACUUGUUAUGUUCUCUGGGGAAGCUGAUUUUGGAACCGGAGCUCAAGCCCUUCUAAACAAAGACUCGGAGCUAGGCCGUGGAGGGUUUGGAGUGGUUUACCAUACAGUUCUAGGAGAUGGACGCUCAGUCGCUAUCAAGAAGCUCAACAUCGCAAGCUUGAUCAAGUCCCAAGAGGAGUUUGAGAAGGAGGUAAAAAAGAUCGGGAAAGUGAGGCAUCAGAAUCUCGUAGCACUAGAAGGGUAUUACUGGACUCCAUCUUUGCAACUCUUGAUCAAUGAGUUUGUACCAGGUGGAAGUUUGUUUAAGCAUCUCCAUGAAAACCCUAGUGAUGCUCCUCUAUCCUGGCACCAACGGUUCAAUAUAAUCGUUGGGGUCGCGAAGGCUUUAGCCCAUUUACAUCAAAUGAACAUAAUUCACUAUAACCUCAAAUCCUCGAAUAUCCUAAUCGACAACUCUGAUGAAGCUAAGGUUGGAGAUUUUGGGUUAGCGAGGUUGUUGCCUAUGCUGGACCGUUACAUUUUGAGCAGUAAGAUUCAGAGUGCACUCGGGUAUAUGGCACCUGAAUUUGCUUGCAAAACUGUCAAGAUAACGGAAAAAUGUGAUGUAUAUGGUUUUGGAAUACUAAUACUUGAAGUUGUAACUGGAAGGAAGCCGGUAGAGUACAUGGAGGAUGAUGUUACUGUUCUUUCGGAGAUGGUUAGAGGAGCAUUGGAGGAAGGAAACGCAGAGGGUUGUAUCGAUCAGAGACUCCAUGGAAAUUUUGUUGCAGAAGAGGUUAUCCCGGUAAUAAAGCUUGGUUUGAUAUGCGCGUCUCAAGUUCCAUCAAAUCGACCCGACAUGACAGAAGUGGUUAAUAUUUUGGAGCUCAUACAAUGCCCUUCUGAAGGACGAGUUGAAGAAAUCGAACAGGUUUAGAUUAGUCUUAUAUACCGCAUGAAGAGGCUUGUAAAUGGCGACUUUGAAGCGACAAAAAGAUCGAAAUUAGAUGUGUUUUGGUUUUUUUGAAGCAACAGGAAGACAAGGGUAUAUAUACAUAGAAACAAGUUUCAAUCCCCUUUUAAUAUCUUUUGUCAAAAUUUUUGGCAUAUUUGUGUCUUGUAAUCUUUCUGGUGUGUUUUUGGCACCAAAUAUAGCAAGUUCUUUAAGUAUCAUUCUUAAUUUAGUAUACUCAAAUUUUGGCUGUGUUCUUUGC